AGAAGCGCGUCUGCUCGCUCGGCUGCUAAAAGCUAACCGUGCUAGGCGGGAAAAAACGUUAUUUUUGUAGUUCCGAAGCGUUUCUUAAUCAACGUUUGAACAUUAAUGAGUCAGCGAACGGGUUGUUUAACCGGCCAACGUCCCUUUUUAUCACGGUUAAUGUUAUCUAACUGUCAGCUACAACGACAAACGAGGCUCGCCUCGGGUUCCGAGUCGUGCUAACAGGUGUUACGCUAAAAUCUGUGACCCUUCAGAUUCUGUGACAUUAGAAGAGCAACUCAAAUAUCGACAGGCAGCUGCAGGGAGGAUGGAGUCGUCGGAAGAGGCUUUGGUGUCGGAGCUGAAGAAGCAGCUGGAGGAUGAAGACCUGAACCCGGAGCAGAAAAUCGACCUGCUGAACAAAGGCAUUAACAAGGCUCUGAACGUGGCGGCGGUGCAGACCAACAGCAGUGUGUUGACUCGUGUGAAGUCUCAGUUGUACCACACUGGUGUCCUGAGUCACUGCGUCCUCGCUCUCUCUCUGGAUCCCAGAAGGCUGAGGGGCAACUGGACCGCCGCCGCCACACUCGCCCAGCUCACCAGUUCUUGCUGUGUCGGGUUGGACCCUGGUGAACAUUCGGAGGCCUUUCAUAGGCUGUUCCUGCCGUCAGUCACGGACGGCCUCCUGUCAUUGGCCAGCCAGCUGAUGAGACGGGCAGAGUGUUUGUCUCUUUUCAGGAAGGUGAUGGAUUCAGUCGGCUGGCUACUCAGAGCUCACACACAGCUCACCACUCAGGUUCUCAGCUCUGUCCACUAUGAGCAGAUCCAGAUGUGUGAUGAUGUGACUGUGGCUCUGCUGUGCGUCCAGCUGUGGAUUCAAACCUGCACAGCCAGCAGGGACUUCCUCUCCAGGUUAAGUGAUGACUCCGUCCUGUUGCUGCUUAACGAGGUCGUCGGCCAAUUAGCCGUCAGCUCUGAUCCCGCCGUGGGCAGGGCCUCCGUCAGACUCAUCCUCCUCAUGGCCAAUCAGCUGCAGCUCAAGCUCCAGCCCCUCCUCCUCAGCUUCAGAGGUCUGGACAACGUGCUGGACAAAGACUGGAGGGGACAGGGCUUUGACCAGGAAGUGGAUCAGCUGAUUGCACUCAUCCAAUCAGACAGAGGCACGAGGAGUCCCUCCCAGGUGAGUACUGAGCAUGUGCGGGCGGCAUGUGUGAUCCAGGCAGCCUGGAGGUCGUAUCAGACCAGACGCAGAGUGAGGAGUCUCAACAGAGCAGUUAGUACGUUGCAGAGGAGAUACAGGGCUCGGAGGAGGCAGCAGCAGCAGCAGAAGGAGGCCCAGCAGUGGGAGGAGGAGUUGAAGUACCAGGUGUGUGUGAGACGCCAGCAGGCGAGGAGGGCGUUCCACCAAAAACAGAGACAACUGCUGCAACUACUGCCCCCUGACCAGGUGCAGUCGUACCUGCAGGAGUGCGAGCGUCAUGCGGCCGUGGUUAUCCAGAGCUUCUGGAGGGGCUUCAGGGAGCGACGCCGCUACAACAACACACGCCGACACACACUGAGACACACGCACACACAGCAGCAAGCCGCCAAGACCCUGCAGAGAGCGGUGCGGCGCUUUCUGCAAAAACGACGGGCAGCGACGGCCCCGCCCACCACACCUUUCUGGAUUGGUCAGAAAGGUUUGACGGACAGCAGGAGGGCGGAGCUGAAGACCCAGGUGGAGGAGUACAUCGCUGUGCAUCCUUCGUCCCAUGUGUCUCCUGAGGAGUGUGAGCGUCUCCAUGAGGAGGUGCAGCUGCUGCUGCUGUCGGAGCUGCAGAGGGUAGAGGAGCGGAGGAGGGAGGAGCAGAGGAUGGAGGCUCUGCUGGCUCACACACACACUCAGCUAGAGCUGCUCAGAGAUGCCCCGCCCCUCCCUGUCCUCACGGCGACAGAUGCCGAGUCCUUCCUGAGCCCCUCGGGUCCCAUUGCCACCCGUGCCCGUGAUGCCCACAAUGCAAUGCUGCAGGCGAGCCGGCUGCCCUGGUGGAGGACGCUGGGAGAGCCGGUCGACGUGUUUAGCCCCGCCCACCUGCAGGAGCUGGAGGCGGAGCUCGGGGGACUGUUUGUAGGGGGGUCAGCGGAGGUUGACAAACUCACUGAGCUGGACGGAAUAAACCUUUAACCUGAAAAUUGACUGAUCUGAGUUGAGCCACCUGGUACUUUGUAAUCAGUCCAGGCAGUACGAGUGUCGGAGCAUUGUUUAUAUUUUUACUAAUAUUAUCUUUCCAGUGGUUCUGUGGCCCAAAACAUCAGAGGAUCUGUUGUGAAAUGUGCAAGAGGAAGCCACAAGGGGGCUCAGUGAUAAAGUUACGUGUGUUUUUGUUCACACAUCGCUAACCACACACUGCUUACAUAGAGCUGCAUCGACCGGUGUAGGUCAUACCCAUUUACAUUUUAACAUUUUGUGAAAUAUAUGUGAAACCUGCUUUUCCAAAUGAGUCCCCGCUUUUUUGAUUCACAGAGACCAGAUUGGUGUUGAACAUCGAGCAGGUAGUGGACAGUGGCUUUUUCCAGCUGUUCCUCUGAAAACAUCUGCCUGCCGCGGCCGAAAACAACGCUACGAGAGCGGUGAGAGUGAACCAGAGCAGCAAACAGACAAACAAUGAGCUGAAACUCACUGUAAAGCUGCGUAAAGCUGAGGGGAGCUGCAGAUUCAGCUGAUAACUCUCUGCAGGACCAUCACCUUGUAAUUUCACACACUGCUAUUAUAAAAAUUUCCAUUUUAACUGCUUUAAAUAUCUGACAUUACUUUGUUCUCCAAGAUUUCAUGCCGCCAUCUAGUGUCCUUUCACAGAAUAGGCUCUGAAACGUUCACGUUCAAACAUCUGUGAAAGCUCGUAUCUAUCAAUGGUCUUGGCUUCCUUGGCGCGCCUCUGGCUCUGAGUUGCAUCAGAUGCUGAAUACGUCUCUAGAUUAACAACUAGAAAUGGUUUGAUUUUUAUCAGUCUGUCAUUAUUGCAAUAAAUCAAACGGCAGGGGGAGCUGGUUCUUCACCACAGCAACACGGUUGAGGGAGACUGUUUUUCCCCAGGAUGGAGGGAGGGGAGGGUGCGCUGGGUUUGGUCCUAUAUGCAGCCUUUAUGGACAGUACUGACGUGUGACAACCUCUCCACACACUGUACACUUGUGUUUUUUACUCAUUAAAGUUUAAUACUGGAUGAAAAGUUUAAUAUGUGAUCAUUAAUAUUUGAAGUUUUCAUUUAAUGUUAAAGAAAUUUUUUGGUAACAUGGAUAGAACAUGUGCUGUGGUGUGAGAGAUGGUCCAGCGUGCAGAGCAGCCUAUCGAUCACAUCCAUUGAUUAUUGAUCUGAGCUGCCGGCCAGCUGAGGCUCAGCAGAUGUUACAUAAGCAGCUGCUGGUCUGUCUGUCAGAGGGAGACAGCUGCAGGAGAGCAACGCUGGAGACGAGGUGGUAGGAGCUCUGAGUGCUUCACUACAGCUUUGUGGUAA